AUGAGAUUUGUAUAUCUGAUUGUUUUCAUCGAACUAAUAUGUGCCGUGUACGGAUACAAGAUCUUAAUGGUAUUCCCGAUGCCUUUCUUCAGUCAUUUUCGACUCGGUAGUACUCUGGCCGAUGGACUGGCAGAAGCAGGACAUGAUGUGACCUUGGUCAGCCCUUUCGAGGACAAAAAGGUGCCUGGAAAUGGAUCACUCAGGAAUGUCGUUCUUUCCCUCAUCAAUGAAUUCCAAAGUGAUAAGAAUUUUAAUAUAUUUGAUAUGGCGAAACCUGGUGUAUUCCUAGAAACGUUGUUCUUGAGCUAUAUCUUAAACGAUGCCACUAAUAAAACGUUAGAAGAUCCAGCACUUCAACGACUCCUACAUUCCAAUGAAAAAUUUGAUGUCGUCAUCAUCGAGCAAUUUAUCAAUGAUGGAUUGAAAGCUCUUGCAUGGCACUUUGAUGCUCCUUUGAUCAUGUUCAGCACCAUGGGAGCAACCGCUUGGUUAAACUCCAUAUCUGGAAAUCCAUCUCCUCCAUCCUACAUCCCAGAUACAUUUGUGGAAUACGGAAGUUCCAUGACGCUAUGGCAAAGAACUAAAAACUCAUUAGUCAAGCUCUUCCAUGAACUCAUUCGAUACUUCAUUGUAUACCCUGCUCAAGAUAAAAUGGUCCAGCGGCAUUUUCCAGGGUGUCCAAGUGUUGAAACUCUAUCUUACAACGUAUCGCUGUUCUUCUUGAAUUCACACGAGAGCUAUGCGCAAUCUGUUCCACUUGUCCCUAAUAUGAUCAACAUUGGUGGAUAUCAUGUUCAGCCUCCCAAGAAGCUGCCAGUCGAUCUCCAGAAGAUCUUGGACGGUGCUAAAGAUGGAGUCAUUUUCUUCAGUAUGGGAUCAAACAUAAAUCCUUCGCAGAUGAAAUCUGAAACAAAACAAGCAUUGAUAGAUGUUCUGGGUGGGUUGAAAGAAACAGUACUCUGGAAGUGGGAUGAAGAAGAUUUACCGGGUAAAACUGAUAACAUGGUGAUCAGGAAAUGGUUUCCGCAGAUGGAUGUUCUAGCACAUCCGAACGUGAAAUUAUUCAUAACACAUGGGGGAAUACUCAGUACAACGGAAACAAUCUACCAUAGGGUACCCAUUCUGGCAUUACCAGUUUUUGGAGAUCAGAGGCUCAAUGCGGCGAAGGCAGUGGGUGCUGGAUUUGGAGUUUCUCUUCACUUCCAAGAUUUGACUAAAGAUUCGUUCAGCUCGGCAUUGAAUGAAGCCCUGAAGAAUUCCAAAUAUCUCGAGAAUGCUAGGAAGAGUUCUGUGUUUCUACAUAAUAGACCCAUGAAGCCCAUGGACCUUGCAGUCUACUGGACCGAAUUUGUAGCAAGAUUCAGAGGUGCUCCUCACCUCAGAGUUGCUGCAGUGAAUAUGCCAUGGUACAAAUAUUUACUGGUAGAUGUUAUCGCCAUGUUAACGAUAAUGUGUCUUGUCGUUUUGACUCUAUUGUAUUUAAUCGUUAGGAAAGUUUGUUGUCGUCGAUCAAAUAAUUUGAAAUUAAAAAAGAAUUGA